AUUUUCUAGUUUUGUUUUAUUUUAUUUUUUUUCCUUCUUCUCUUUCCCCUUCUUCGUUCGUUCUUCGUUUCUUGAUCUUUUCUACUGCAAAUUGAAAUCCAGCACAUGUUAUGUUAUUUUUUUUGUUACAUGUGAAGUUAAGGCAGAUUGCUUCUUGACAUUUCCCGGUAUGUUCCAACUCUCCGAGCUACAGUUCUCGUGCACACACCAUACACAUGAAGUAAACCUGGGAAAUCGAGCAACCAAUCUAAGGGUUUUCCAAGUUUCUCACAUGAAUUUCUUCACAAGUCCGGUUAAUGUAUAAGGCGCACAUUGGAUUUGUGACACACUUUUAGAUUUGAAGUUGCAUUUAGAUAUUAGACUAGCUAGUGAAAAUGGAAGACAAGAUCGUAAAGGUAUUGGGUAGCCAGAAAGUUGGACUUGCUUUAAAAAGAAAGCGAGCUGCCCAGUUUGGUGUACAUUCAACAGAACCUAUCUGCAUGGCACAUCAGUGCCCUGCCAUGACUUCAUUAAAUAGCGUGGGAAAGAGACAGAAGCUAGGUGGAUGUAGUAGCGCACUUGCAAACUCUGAAACUCGUUUUAGACCCUUGUACAGAGGUUAUUCAAAUUUUAUGAAAAGUGGGAUACCAAAACAAAUAAUGCUUUAUGAAAAUGGUGAGUGGAUUAAUUUUCCCCGUGAUCUUCUUGAUUUGGCUGGGGAAACUCUGCAGGUAAAGAAAGCAUCUUUAGAAAUUAAGUCUAAUGGACAGCACUGCGUGCUAGACUUUUUGCAUAUGUUUUUUUUGGACUUAAAUACAGGGAUGCAGCAACCUCUUGGAUGGAUUGAUGCAGCAGGGAGCUGCUUCUUCCCUGAGAUUUAUGGUGCAUACAAAAGUCAAUGCUACAAUUCUAAUGAUUUUGGAAAUACAGAACCACAGGUUGAAGGAAAUCAUGGGUCCGAUGUUAUCAAGUUACAGUUGGAAAUUGAAAUAAAUGGAGUUGGCCAGUCGAGUUUGGAGUUGUGUAGUGGGGAGUCAAAUGAUUAUAUCAAACAGUCCCAAACCGACGAAAAACCUGCUUAUGACUAUGAUAUUGAAGAAGUUGAGGAUAAUUGUUGUAGAAUACCUACUGGAAAAGCGUAUGAGGUUGCUCCAAAAUUAAAGGAGUUGGAUAUGAACCUCACCUCUGGGAUUGAACUUGUGAACGGAGAAUUGGAUACAAGAACGGUAGAGAAAAUAUUUCGCGACGGAAUGAACUCCGAUGGUAGUUUAGAGAUACUUAAUAUAAAACACUGCCAUGAUACUUCAACGCAGUCUCAAUUAGAGCUUUUCAAUAAGCACAUAGAAAUGAUCAAACUGUACAGAGGGGAUGCAAAUGUUCGUUUUGCUUGGCUUCCUGUUUCUGAAACAGAACUAUCUUGCUUGACGAUGUAUGGAAUCGGGCUUUCGGGAGCUUCUUCAAUCAAAUCCAUGUAUGGCACUGGUGUUCACCUCACAGCCGUUGAUUGCUCGAAUGUCAGUGCAAGUCAUUGUGAUAUUGAUGACAAUGGAGUGCAACAUCUUGUAUUUUGCCGUGUAAUAAUGGGAAACAUGGAACUUCUUCACCCUGGAAGUAGACAAUUCCAUCCAAGUGGCAAGGAUUUUGACAGUGGAGUGGAUAACCUUACAAAACCAACAUAUUACGUUAUAUGGAGAAUGAAUAUGAACACCCACAUCUAUCCAGAAUCUGUUGUCAGCUUUAAGGUUGCACCCAGUCUCAAAGUUGAAAGUCAUACCAAUGACAUCUCGAGGAUCACUGCAUCUUGUCAAGCGUCCCCUGGCCAGAUACCAUUGGGGUCAUCGGUAAUUAAUAUGGAUGGCGAUGCUCAACCUCCAGAUGAUUGGAGACCUCAGGAAAGAGCAGCUAGUGUUGCUUCCAACUCUAUGAAAACACCCAAGUCUCCAUGGAUGCCUUUCUCCAUGUUGUUUGCUGCUAUCUGUAACAAAGUUUCUUCUAAAGACAUGGAACGUAUUAAUAUGCAAUAUGAACAAUUCAGGGCCAAGAAGAUGCAUCGUGAUGAUUUUGUAAAACAGCUGAGACUGGUUGUUGGAGAUUCUUUGUUGAGGAGUACAAUAACAAGUCUUUGCAAGUUUCCAGAAGAUGACGUUUUGUUUAUUGUAAAGUCUAAAUAUGCAUCACCAUGAGUCAGCUAUGCUUGUAGACAUGAGAUGAGACCAUUGAUCUGUCUUUGCUUUUUUGACUGAAUUUUUUUAUAUUAAAUUACAGAUUUUAGUCUUUCAACUUUUAAUAGUUGUAUCUAUUUGGUCUUUUAAACUUUAAGAAGUUCCAUUUACACUCUUGAACUUUUGAUUUGGAUUCCAUGAAGUUCUUCUCAUUAACAUCAUUACUUACACGUUAUUCGUAUUAAUGAGUGAUGAUUUGACACCCCGCAGUAAUAAUGUGGCACAAUAGAGUAAGUUAAUUGGAUAAAAUAAGGACGUAUGAGCUAAAAUUUACAAUGAGGCAAGUUAACAAAGUGGAUUGACUCUUUUGUGCCACCUAUUUCUACGUUGUGUCACAGUCAUUCAUUUGAUUAAUGUGUUGACAUUUGAGUAAAGAUGUUAAGCAUAGACUUUUUAGAACCAAAGUUAAAAAGUCAAUGAUGUAAUGAACUGUUUUAAAGAUCAGGGAUUAAAAUAGAUACAAUCGUUUCAUUUCAUUUGGUCUUUUCCUUGAAACUAUUGUACAAGAAACUGCUUUUUGUUAUAUAUAUGUCCAAUUUUCUGAAACUUCCUCUUUCUUGGCAGGUGCCACUGAAAUCAUCUAGUCCAUAACGCAAUGAUCUGAAACAGUAUGGAAAGAAAAUGCUUUUCGUGGCAAAAGUGAUUAAUGGUAAUGGUUAUGUGAUGCUUUUGGUUAGAAUGUGUCGACCUAAAAUUGUGAAUAUGGUGAUCGUUACUUUGGAACAUAUGCGGACUGUUAAAGUCCAUUUUUCUAGUGAUUUGAACUCGAGAAGACUUUUUAUUUUUGUUGUUUUUUUGUUAAUGUUCCUGUACUGUCUGGAUGCUGGGUUUCGUAAUGUGUUACUUUCUUCGUUGAAUAUCACGUUUCUAAGUUUUUAUUGUCGUAUGCCAAGGCUUUCGAUCAUUGAAUGUGUAGCAUUGAUCAGGUUAUGAGGAAGUCGUUGGCGAUGAGAUGGGGAGCUAAAUGUACUUAUGAUCUAUAUAUGAAAUAAAGUUAAAAGUUCAUGUUGAA